AUGCGAACAAUAUCAACAAUUGCGGCAGUUUUUUUAUUAACUCUAGUCUGCAGUAUAAAUGCUCAAAAAUCAAUUACCUGGGCAGGAUAUCAAUGGUUCCUGCGUGACGAUCAAAAUAGUGGACCCGGUCCAAACAAUUGGAAUUCAAAUAAUGUUUGGGUCGAUGACAAUGGUAAACUUCAUUUGAAACUUAAUUAUUCAGGUAGAAAAGGUGGAUGGACAUGUGCUGAAUUAUAUACCAAUGUAAAAUUUGGUUUUGGCACUUUUCGAUGGUUUGUAGAAGGAGCCAUUGAUAAAUUUGACCCUAGGGUAGUGUUGGGUCUGUUUACUUAUGGAGGUGUUGAUGGUACGAAUGAAAUUGAUAUUGAAGUAGCUAAAUGGGGUCGAACAGAAGUAGUAGCAUCGAAUUAUUUUUAUACAGUCUAUCCACAUACAUUGGGUAUUGCUCAACCAGUAUCUAAUGGCACACGUAUAUCUUUGCAAGGAACCUACACGACUCAUCAAUUUACUUGGACCUCAGAUAAGGUUUCUUUCCUAGGUCAACAUGGUUUUAUGACUUCACCAACUGAAAAUAUUUUUUAUUCAUACCAAACACCAACAGCAUUCGCACCAUCAAUUCCUUAUACUAGUGCUCCUCUGCAUAUGAACUUAUGGCUCUUCCAAGGUAAACCACCAAUGAAUGGUCAAACGGUGGAAAUAGUUAUUCAUGACUUCAAGUAUACCACAGCAUAG